CGAGUUCAGUGGAGAUUUGUAGCUGCACCGCAGCGCCUUCGGUAUAACGUGGAUAGUAAAGUCAGGUAAUUUUAUCGUACUGUGUCUAAUGUCAAGAUGAAUGUCCUGCUGUUAAAGGAACCAAGAGAGGAUGAUUCUGGUCCUGACCCUUACGUCAAGGAGCUGGGGUCAUUUGGACAUAAAGCAACCCUGAUUCCAGUGCUGUCCUUCAAAUUUGUGUCCCUCGAGAGACUCUGGGAAAAGCUCCGUCAGCCAGAAGAAUAUGCGGGGCUUAUCUUCACCAGUCCACGGGCAGUGGAAGCUGUGAGCAUGUGCCUGGAAUCUGCCAAUAAAACUGAGAAGUGGAACAGUUUUGUGAAGGACAAAUGGAAUUCCAAGUCUGUCUAUGUUGUUGGGAAGGCAACUGCUGCUUUGGUGCGAAACCUGGGUCUGAACCCACAAGGAGAGGAUUCUGGAACAGCGACUGUACUUUCACGCUUUAUACUUGAAAAGGAGAACUGCCGUAAGCUGCCACUCUUCUUUCCAUGUGGAUCGCUCAAAAGAGAAGUCCUGCCCACUACAUUGAAAGAAAAUGGUGUGCCUCUGGAAACUCUGACUGUUUAUCAGACAGUUGAACAUCCUGAGCUGGAGAAACACCUGACAGACUAUUUCACAGACCAGGGUGUUCCAGCAAGCAUCGCAUUCUUCAGCCCCUCAGGGGUCAAAUUUUGCCUAGAGACCAUACGGAGACUCUCAGGUCCAAAGUUGAAUCACAUUAAGUUUGCAGCCAUUGGACCCACGACAGCAGAUGCCAUUGCUGCGGAGGGGCUGGAGGUGAACUGUUCUGCAGCAAAGCCCACAGCUCAACACCUGGCUGAGGGAAUCGCACGGUCACUGCAGUGAUAGCAUAGGACUCCGUCUAACACUCUUUGUCCCAGACCUUCCUUUCAUGGGUAUUUGUUUCUCUGUAUACCAUGAAAGAUGUACCUUGUCAGAUCCACAGUAAAGUCAAUUGGACAUGUGUAGACUCUAUUAAUAUGUAUUCUGAUAUGUUAGAUAUUUGCCGAAGGACAUAGUGCUUGAAAUAUACAGUAUAAUGUCAUUGGACAUUGGAUUAUUGUGAAUGUUCACUGUGCAUUUGCUUUUGGAAUCUGUGUAUUCAUAUGUAAUAAUAAAGAACACAGUUUUAUUUUUAUU